GGGGAUUAUUUAGUAGCAUGAAGACGUGAGCSGAGGACACAAAGCAGGCAGCCGGCCGGGAUUCUUCUUUCCUUUUUGUGAAGUAAACAAAAACAAGACUUCCGGUGACAUUUUAUUUAUCGACAACAUGGAUUACUGGAGUGCCUUGCAGGUGUAUCUGGAGAUGGUCCUGCUGUACCUGGAGGAGGCCCGGCGGCUCGUUAACUCCCGCUGCGCCCACCUGGAGGCGUGGCAGGUCAUCGGGGCGUCGGUCGCAGCCACGCUGGGGGCCGUCUGGCUCCGAGGAGUUCUCUUCCAGCAAGAAA